GACGAAGCGGUGGAGACUUCGCAGCGGUUGCGCGUCCCUUGCGCGGCGUUCCUUCGUCCCAAGCCGGCGCGGUGUUGUUGGAAUUGCUGGUAGCAGCGACACUUAAAUCCGGAAGGAGGAGGAGGAGAGUGAGAAGUGGUCGCCAGCCCGAGGAGAAGGAGUAAAGAGCGGGAGGUCCGAAGGAACGCCGGCGGCGCUAUGGCAGAGGAGGCGGCUGCUGCAGUAAUAUUGGUGCCGCGAGGCCCGGAGGCUGCGGGGUUGCUAGAGGAACUCGAUGGUCCCGUCCACCAGGAGGAGAGUCCUCCUCGCUUCGUGGCCACCGGCUUAGAUCAUCAGCAGGUCUGGCUGAGCUCUUGGAUGAGUCCCGCCUGCCAAAUCCCAGCUAUCGAUCCCAAGGCGCUGCAGGACUUGGCAAGUCUGGCCGUCCGGGUGGCGACGCAAGUAGAGGAACUGCUGCGAAACGUGCAAGGCGCCCUGCAGGCUCUGACAACCCUCAGCGUGGGCUGCAUCCAAACCUACCGAGAUGGGGUGGAGAGCCUGGGAGAAGCCGUAGACACAAGCAUCCGCUCCAUGUACACGCUCAUGGCCCGCUGCGAAGAGCUGGAUCUGGAGCUGCAGCCGGUACCGGCCCUGGCCAGAUCCAUCCGGGACAUGAAGAGUGCGCUGGACAGACUGGAAGGCCUCUGCAAAUAAAUCUACUGAGCUGCUUUUCCUGCUGGCCUCUCGGACCUUGAGGCUUGUCUCCAGCCAAGAAUGCCUGUCUCUUAGUAGAUACUUCUUCAGAACCCGCUGCUUGGUAAAUCUCAGGAUCCUUGCAAAGCUAAUGGUUAACCAGCUGUGAGAAACUGGAUGAAAUUGGUUUGGCCGUUUGAUAAAUAACCAGUUCUUCCUCAGUCUCAUUUUCCCCUCUCUUGCAACAAUGCCAGUAAAGACGAAUCCAUAGUUCCUUGCACAUAAAGGGUUCUGUAAAAACCGCCUAAACAUUUAGUCUUGAUAAUAAAUUUUAUGUAGUCUGCUCCAUAUAUGUUUAUUCAGAAAUAAGUCCUAAUGUGUUUGCUGAGGCAUAUGUGAAAAUAAAGAUCAUGCAAGAUUUUAGUCUUGAGUUGCCACACAAUAGAAUUUAAUUCCUGAAUGAAUGUGUAAGUCGAACUGCAAACUGAAUAAAACAUGCUUCUUAUUUGCAACUGUUUAUGUAAACAUACAUGACAUUCUUAACUAGAUAAUUUAUAGACUCAUUGAGAUAAAUUUAACGUACUGGACAAUGUUAAUAUCUAAACUAUGUUUCACGAAGAAUUGUUUAUAUGAGCAAUAUUAGCAUUUAUCUUAAACUAAAGGUUAGUAUUCAUCUAAAUUUCCACAUUUUUAUAUUGUUUUAUAGGCUUAUAUUGGUUGAAGUUUGAAAAUACUGGAAAUAUUAAGGUGAAGCAACAUCUAUUUUCAAUAUUCAUAAAUCAGCCAAGCCACAUUACUUAGACUAAAAUUCCUGGAGGGCAAUGACGUAAUAUUGAGAAGAUGCAAAGUAAUAACUGAUCUGGGAAUUUCCAGGGCUACAAUCUGCCCUCAUUUAUGAACUGACUGAAUGACGUUGCAGAAAGUCACUAUAUACAAAUCCCAAGAUAUGGCAUAAAACACAUAUGCUGAAACUAAGCAGGAUGAUUGCUAGUCAGUGUUUGAAUAUGUUGAAUGCAGCAUAUUGGUGAGAAUUGGUUGGCUUUUGAGAUCCACAUAGUUUUUCAGUAGAAUUACAAAAAUCACCAGACAGGAGAAUUAAGGAGGAAGUGCUUCUUAAUAUAUAUUUAGUUUGGGAAUUUAUUUUCAUUACUAGAGAUGAACCUGAAAUUCGAGCAUAAAUCUUGUCAUGUAUAUACUAAUACUAUUCUCCAGGUUUUCUUGAUUUAGUCACUUUAAAAUGGGGAAAUACUUUAAAAAGCAAUAAAGAUUUAUGAACCUGCAAGUCUUUGUUCAUCAUGCUAAAAUGUAUUGCAGAUUCUUUUCUAAUUUCUGUACGGACCUGAUAUAUAGUGCCUUGAUUCCUAUAGGAAGAUGAAAUGUAAAGGUCAAAUGUUAUUUUUUGAUUCUGCCUAUAAUUACCUUGACAGUGUUGUGAAUUUUAGAAGUGGCUUCAUCUCUCUAGUAAUCUCUUCUGAUCUAACAUUUGCUCUCAGGUACCAGUAAUAUAUGAAAUAUUAAUUAUUGACCUGUAAAACUAUUAACAAAAUAAUCUAUGUUGAUGAUGUUUACCAUUUAAAACAAUAACAAAAUGGUAAAGUAAACUUUGAACUGUGUUCUUGGGUUUUAUUGCUGAAAUCAAGAGUCUGUUCCAUAAUAUUCCUGUUUAAAAAGAGUAAUAUUAAUAAAAAUUUCCUAUAUGAAUAUAAGAUGUAUAACUGCACUGUAGUCAUUAGAUUUAUUCAAAGUUCAGCACUUCUGUUUGAGAAUGUCAUUAAUUUUCUAGUUGAAAUCUAUGAUACUAAAGAAAUGCUUUUAUGUAGGAAUCUGCUAUGUUAAUAUGUCCCAUUGAUUUUUUAAAAAUACCAUAGGGUCAGUGUACAAAGGAACUAAUUUUUUAAUAAUCAAGAUACCACUAUUCUCUAAAAAUGUUAGAGGUUUGUGCCAUCUUAAGGAUCAAAUCUCCAUUGUACAAGCUUUUGUAUGGCCAGUUACAUGGUGAAUUAUAAUAUAUUUUGUUACUUUUCAAACCUUAAGUUUAAAUGCUAUAAAACAAGCACUGUGGUACUGUAAGUUUACUGCAGAAAUUCAAUAUACAGUAGUUGCUAAUUUGGAAACAGCUGCUUUACUAUUCUAUUAGAGCUUUAUAGUUAAAGUUUUAGUUUAUAGUACAUAGUUGAAAGUUGAAAAUUUUAUUAAUAGGGUUUAGAAUAAAACUUCCACAAUCAUGCUUUUUUAAUCUGCUUGGUAAGUUUUUCAGAUAUCUUUAAUUAUCUCUAACUUGUUCAUUAUCCUAAUCCUAUAGUUAGAAAGUACUUCGAUUCUUUGUAGUUGUGUUUGCUAAAGAUAUUAACAUCUUAAACCAAAUUUCUGGAGUCACCCAACAUACCUAGUAAACUAGUAUAAACAUCAUAUGACCUUAGUUUGCACAACAGACUAAAAUACAAUAUGGUUGGCUAGUUUGUGGUUCAACGUGAGUACUACUUUUGAGUUAUACUCUGGCAAUGGAGAGCAUUUGAACAUGUGUCAUAACACGCAGAAACAUUUUUAACAAUAAUUAAAGCAAUUACACUGCUGCAAAGCUGACGGGGAUGAAAAUGGCUUCCAGCUAUCCCCACAGGCCUGUAUGUGUGCAAUUGCUUUGCUUUCAGGACAGCCAGGUACAGCUUACAAAGCAGCCAUCUGUGCCUUGCAAAAACACUGCUGCUCUAAUAAUUCAAAAAGAGAUUCUUUGUUGAUCAUGCAUGUGAAAUACACAGCACUAGUUUAUAGCUUUGCCAUCUUUUUGUGGUACAUAAGGACAGGUCUUUAGCUUGUCCAACUCAAUGAAUGAAUGCUCACUAAAGUCCAAACCUCAGCACGAUCAAGAGCCAUGUGUAGUAGAGAAUAUUCAUAACAUUUGGAAAAUGUAAAGUUCAUGAAGGAUGGAUCCAGAUAUAUUUAUUUUCAUCUGAGUAAAUUAUGAUUUAAAAAAAAAAUGCAAUAGCUGUUGGGUUUUUUGUUUCAUAAUAUUAAUAAAAAUAAAAAGUAAACAGUG